AUGAACGUGGAUAAGGAAACAUUUCCUUUGAUUUUUGAGGAUUUUAAAAAAACGUUGGAAGGAUGUGAUUUUUACGCUGUGGACCAAGAAAUGACGGGUGUAAACUUUGAAGAUCAGCAUAGGUCGCAGUUAAUGUCCUUGACAGAGCUUUACAAGGAGAACCUGGACGUGGUUCGGCGUUAUGUAGCAUUCCAGUUUGGAAUUACUUUCUUUACUCUUUUGGAAGAGGGUAUUUAUGAGGUGAAACCGUACAACUUCUAUUUACUAAAAGGGUAUGGUGAUUUUGUUGUAAAUACAGAGGCAAUACGAUUUUUGGUUUCACACGAAAUGGAUUUUCAAAAAUGGUUAGCUUCUGGAUUACACUACUGUAAUAAAGAAGAAGAAGAAAAAGAAAAAGAAGAGCAUUGCGCAGGAAAAGGCACACAUGGAUCUUCUGAUACGGAAAAAAAAAUUGCGUUUCAUAUUGCUGAUAAAAUAGAAGAGUGGUGGUUGAAUCCUUCCAAAGGAGAAGAAGACACAUUAUCUUUUAAUAUGAUUAUGACAGAAAAAAUAAAAACAAUUGUAAUGUUUCUUCUUAAGCAGCGAGAUAUAUAUGUACACUUGAAGUACGAUAUCAUUUCUAAAGUAUACCAACUUCCAGCAUAUAUUACGGUGUGUCGCAUUGACAGUCAAAAGGCAAAUUUUCAAGAAAAAGAAUUAGGUUCUCAUUCUUUUUCUAGUUUUGUGGAAACAUUGGGAUUUCGAGAGCUGUGGAAGUGUUUGACAAAAUGCAAGAAACCUAUUGUUGGUCAUAAUUUUUUUUUGGACAUAAUGUUUAUGAUGCAUAUGCAUGAAGCAGAACUUCCUAUGAAGUAUGAGGAAUUUAAAAAGCAAGUUCACGCGUUAUUUCCUUGCAUUUAUGAUACUAAAACACUUUCUAAGGCAAUGACUUUUUCAAUACCGAGGACCUCAUUACAUUUACAAGGUCUAUACAAAGAGUGUUGCAAUCUGAAUGAAAAAUCUAAAACUUCGAUUAGGUUUUACUCCCCUCCCGGUUUUCACUUAUAUGAUGAGAGAUGUAUAGGAGGUAAGGGAAAAGCACAUGAGGCGGGAUACGAUGCGUAUAUGACUGGUAUUGUUUUUGCAAUAAUUAAAAAUUUAUACAAAAAUGUAGAUGAAAUGGAAAUUAAUGACUGGGAAAACGUUGUUUCUGUGUAUGGAAGUAGUUAUUAUAUGAAAUUGGAUGGUAAUGAUUUUUUGGAGUUGAGAUCAACGUUUUUGCUGGAGUUUGAAGAAUAUGUAGAUGUUGGCCUAGUACGUUCUCUUGUCUGCACAGAGGACGAUAUGCAACAGAUCAAGAACAAUAAGGAUCCUGUUUCUUUCUUCUUGCACAUGGUGUGUAGCAAAUCUGAGACUCAUAGCAAGACUUUUAUUGCUCAGUUUAGAAACGAAAAUAUGGACGAAAAAACGAUAAUGACACAGAUAAAUUUAUCAAUGGAGCGUUUGAGUCAAUCGUUAUGUGCAAUAUUGAAUAAACAAGACACUAUAUUUCCCCCUGUAAAGAGGAUUGUUCGUUUAUUGGAGUAA